ACAGCUUUCCCCCCCCUCCCCUCCCCUCCUCCUUCCUAUGUGGCGCACAGCUCGGCAGACAGCGAUGGAGGAAUUGAACUAGACUACUUGUCAGCUGAGCCAACAGCUUCCUAGUAAACACAGCAGUGCAAACAAAUUCCAUAACGGGGCAACCUCAAGGAACACGUCUCCAGAGAAAGAACCGAACACCCCCCUUCACCACCACCCUCAUUCCCAAGGGCUCCAAGUUACCUUUAUGACACUUUUGGCACUCGACCUUCUUCCGUCUUUUUUUUUCCCCCCUUUCAGAGUCGACAACCCCUCCACUGCUUCAUCUACAGUAUCUGACUUUGCAGCUCUCAGCAGAAGCAUAGCACUCUGAAAGCAGCUUUAAUUAUUACCUCCUUAAAAUCAAGCCGUAAAUCAGACUUCUUUUAUUUUUUUCUUCUCCAGAGUAAUCAAUAUGCGGGACAGACCUGCUCCAGUGGUAAAUCUCACAAGCAUCUACAUUAAUCUUCAAAUAUGGUUAUGUUUUUACUUUGGGAAUAUCUGAUGAGUUGCUUUAUUGAAUACAUUUGAUAAAUUAAAAUAAAUUCCAUGACAGAAACCUUAAAAAAAAGAUGAAUUCCUAGAGAAGAGACUCACAUUGUAACACACUUGUUUUAACAAUCAGGAUUGAUUGGCAAGUUUCUGUCGACACCCCCAAAGAGCGGAAGGCAAAACACUUCUGUUGUCAACACAAACAGUCAAACUAAAAAAAUUCCUUUCAGUCAGUGAAUAAGUCUCCUUGUACUUGUUCUCUUCUCACUGUCACAAAAAUAUUCUGUGCCUGUUAUUCUCUAACUCAGUUCUGCAAAGUUAAACCCCCCAGACAAAAGCCCAGAGGAAUCCUGAACUCAAAGACAUUUUGAUUAUGUUGGAACAUAAGCAUAUUACAGCGUACCCAGCCAUGACUGGCAGCUCGGACAGGAUUCUCUAGUAAUGCCAUAAUGAGCAGUAUGGCUGGACUCGAGCACUGAACAGAGCAAGGAAAUCCUCAUGUCCGCAUAAAUCAAGAUUUAAACGUGAACUCUUCCACACACACACAAACGCCAGGCGCGCCCAGGAGAGCCUUUCCUUUAAUUUUACCCAUGCCUGCGUGUGGUGCGAGGAUGCCCCAUAACAGUGUCUGCUGUUCUUGAGAAAGAGACUGAGGAGGAGGAGAAAGGGUAGGAAAUGACAGAGUGCCUGACAGAAUGCAAAGCGCUGGUGACACCAUCCACGCGCAACGGCCACCGCGUCUUCAGCUACACGCUAGAGAGCCACACGGCGGCCGCCUUCGCCAUCAUGAACGAGCUGCGUCUGGAGCGUCAGCUGUGCGACGUCACGCUGCGUGUGCGCUACAAGGACCUGGAGGCGGUGGACUUUGUGGCUCACAAGGUGGUGCUGGCCUCCUCAUCCCCGGUCUUCAGGGCCAUGUUCACCAACGGCCUGAAGGAAUGUGGUAUGGAGUUGGUGCCCAUCGAAGGGAUUCACCCCAGGGUUAUGGACAGACUGAUAGAGUUUGCCUACACAGCCAGCAUCUCUGUGGGGGAGAAGUGUGUGAUCCACGUGAUGAACGGCGCCGUCAUGUAUCAAAUUGAUAGCGUGGUCAAGGCCUGCUGUGACUUCUUAGUCCAGCAGCUCGACCCCAGCAACGCCAUCGGCAUUGCCAACUUUGCUGAGCAAAUCAGUUGCACAGAGCUCCACCAGAAGGCCAGAGAGUACAUCUACAUGAACUUCAGCCAGGUUGCGACCCAAGAGGAGUUUUUCAACUUGUCCCACUGUCAGCUGGUCACCCUCAUCAGCCGCGAUGAGCUAAACGUGCGCUGCGAGUCUGAAGUCUUCCAGGCGUGCGUGGCCUGGGUGCGCUACGACCGGGAGAACCGGCGACCGUACGUCCAGGCCUUACUGCAGGCUGUCCGCUGCCAUUCCCUCACCCCCAACUUCCUGCAGGCCCAGCUCCAGUCUCUGGAUUGGGACCCCCAGUGCAAAGACUACCUGGCCCAGAUCUUCCAAGACCUCACCCUCCACAAGCCCACCAAAGUCAUUUCAUGCCGAACUCCCAAGGUGCCGCAGCUCAUCUACACAGCAGGGGGUUACUUCCGUCAGUCUCUCAGUUACCUGGAGGCCUAUAAUCCCUGCACGGGAAGCUGGCUGAGGUUGGCUGACCUGCAGGUACCCCGCAGUGGUCUGGCAGCCUGUGUGAUCAGUGGGCUUUUCUACGCCGUUGGUGGAAGAAACAAUGCGCCUGAUGGCAACAUGGACUCGAAUGCAUUGGACUGCUACAACCCUAUGAACAACUGCUGGCUGCCGUGUGCGCCGAUGAGCGUGCCAAGGAACCGAAUCGGAGUUGGUGUCAUCGAUGGCAUGAUAUAUGCAGUUGGUGGAUCACAUGGGUGCAUUCAUCAUAACAGUGUGGAAAGGUAUGAUCCAGAAAGGGACCAGUGGCAGCUGGUAGCCCCCAUGUUGACACGGCGUAUCGGUGUGGGUGUAGCGGUCAUUAACCGACUGCUUUAUGCUGUGGGGGGGUUCGACGGGGCCAACCGGCUCAGCUCCUGUGAGUGCUACAACCCAGAGAGGGAUGAGUGGAAAACCAUGGCCCCCAUGAACACUGUCCGCUCUGGAGCUGGUGUGUGUGCGCUGGGGAAUCACAUCUUUGUGAUGGGUGGUUAUGAUGGUACCAACCAGCUGAACACAGUGGAGCGCUAUGAUGUGGAAACUGAUACAUGGAGCUUUGCUGCCUCCAUGAGGCACCGGCGCAGUGCUCUGGGAGUCACUGCAUUACAUGGACGCAUCUAUGUAUUGGGAGGUUACGAUGGCAACACUUUCCUGGACAGUGUGGAGUGUUACGACCCGGAGAAGGACACCUGGUCGGAGGUGACGCACAUGACGUCAGGGCGGAGCGGGGUGGGCGUUGCCGUUACUAUGGAGCCCUGCCAGAAAGAACUGCCUUCAUGUCAAAAGUGUGAGAGGGAGAGCGGAGCAGCGUCCCCGGCGUAUCAGUCAACAUCCAACUCCGGUUAUGGCUCUCACCACAAUCAGAGGCACAGCGGGCCCUUCGGCAAAGGCACCUGAAGCUCAUCUCUAGACCCUAACACACAUGCACAUAUACAGAGGAGCGGUCCAAAACUCAACUCUGUCUUCCCAAAUCAAAAUAAGGACCCUAACAACUGAUUAGAGACAGAGGUGAGCUGAAACACCAUGAGCUGCCUCACUGGCUCCAGAUAUCUCAUUUGAUGUGAGUUUUCAGUACAGUGUUGAUACUUGUUGAUAAGGUGACAAAAAAAGAAAUGUGAGUUGAUAUCUGCAUUGGACAUCCCCAGAUCCUUCAGACGAAUUUCCAAGACCUGAGAUUUGAUUAAUUUGCUUGUGUUUAAUUGUGUUUCGCCAAAUCCGACCUCAGUGCAUCUGGGUGUUCAACAUCUGGCAUUUAAAGUCCUCAGUUGGACCAUCAUCUCCCAGGUUCAAGCCAUGGGAGGAAAGGGCUGCAUACUAACAAGGGCCAUUUAUGGCCUCAUAAAGUCAAAGUUUAUUCUGAAGGGAGAAAAAAUUCAGAAUGAUCCCCCAGGAAAAAAAAAAAACAAACAACAAAAAAAGUAGCAUUCGUCAGUCAGUAUGGGCAGUAGAGUUCAAAGUGCCAUUACAAUGCCUGAGGGCAUUACUGUCUUCAGUAUAUUGUCUUGAGGUGCUGUGUUGGAAAGGCGCAGACAGAGUCACUGUGUGGUGUGUAGAAAUUGUACAAUUUAACCCAGACAGCCGCAAGAUGAAGGUUAUACAAGACAAAGGGCCUCAUGCAAGAACAUUUUUAUAUUCUUGUCAUAAACCUCUCGUAGUUUUUUCUAUCGAGCUUACUCGUAAGUCAGAUUCAGCCAACUCUCUUCACUGCACAAACCUGUUGUAAAUUGCUCAUUUCUGUCUGAUUUUUGCCACCUCUUCAUGAGGGGGUGCACAUUUGUGAGAUUUGAUUAUUAGCAUAAUCAGUGCACCAGAGUCACUAUGUAAGAGCGCUUAUUCUGCUUAUUCCAAAUAGUAUAUGUUGUCACUACAAAUUAUGGCAGUAAAAUCUUAAAUAAUACAACAGGAAUCACUCUCAAAGUACUAAUAAAUUACUUGUACAUGUCACUUAAGAACAAAUCUACUGGUUCUUGCAUGAGUCCCAAAGUCUAAAAUUCACGUGUUGGUACAGGAGCAGAAGCAGGACCUUACAGUAACUGCAUAGCAACUAAUGUGUCCUUUCACUAAUAGGCACUGGUAGGUUGAUAAAAUGUGAAGUUUUUGGAAAAAGGUGUUAGAAAAACUUUGAGAUACUCGUCUGGUGUAAUUGGUAUGUGGAGUGCCAAGAGGAUGAAGAUUUUUUUUUUUUUUUUUUACUGUGUUUAGAGGAAACAAUACUGUAGCAUUUAAAAACCUGGAUUCAAACAUCUCACUGAAUGUGUUUUAUAAAAACACUAAUUACUGACACAAUUGAGAACCUCUCUCUACAGUUGACUCUUUGGUUUUCACAUCCACCAGACCUCAGAAACAGAAGUGACCAUGUUUGUGCAUUAGUGUUCAAAUAUUGUAUGCUAAUGACAAAAAAAACUUGCUUAAAGAAGUGUAUUUGUAACAGCAAUUUAAGCUACAAAGGUUUUUAAGUGAUGUUUUGUACAUUGAUAAUCUAAGAAGUCUUGUACAGAAUUUCAGAGCUCACUUUUUUUAUUUAUUUGUUCAGAUUCUUUUGGUUUUCUCGUUCCUCUAAACUGACAUCAGCUUUGUAUUGAAUUGGAUCCUGGUGUUGUGUUUUUGAAUAACUAGCAUGCAUUGUAACUGAGUAGGAAUGCCUGUUAAUGCUAAUUUUGGAUGUUUGUAAAAAAUUUGCUUCACUUCGAAAGGGACUUUUUUUCCUGUCCGUCAGUAGUUGGAAUGGAAGUUAGAAUAUUUAAGGUCUGCUUUGUACAUUUUUUUUCAGCGAGAAAUGCCCUGUACAAUAAUACAUUGUAAAAUAAAAUAUAUGUUUAUUGUA